AUGCCUGCACCUGUAGAAGCGGAACCAUGCGUAUACAUCAGCUCUCCUAGUCUGCAGGUCAAGCGGGUCGAUCACGUCUAUCACAGGCAUUCAUGCAUGUGGUCAUACGAGGAUACGAAGCUCCAGGAUACCCCGCAUGUGUUGCAUGGUGGAAAGACGUCGAAUGGCUCCGACGUCUGGCAGUCCUUCUGUUUCGUGGUAGUGCGCCGGAUGCCCACAUGUGCAGGAGAAGAGCCGACCGUCGCAGUAACAAUCAAGAGUCCGUACUUGAGAGCAGCUUGUCAGGACGUCAUUGGUGAGAUCGAGGGCAUCUCGUGGACGGCCGACCCUCUCGAGCUUCCAGUCGAUCUGUUGAUCCAAGCAUUCCCCAAGCUCGUAAAGUACCGCCAAGGAUUUGAAGGCAGAGCGGGCCGCUCGAGCGAUGACGGCAAGGUGCUCGCCAGCCUCGAGGUCCUCAUCAACUACUUGCGCGAAGACCACGGAGUCAUCAUCUCUCAGAUCGCCGGCCUGCUGGCACACGAGGAGAUAACUUGGGAUCUGUUCCACGCCAUUCUACUUCCCGGCACGCUGCUCGUCAGCACGGAUGCGGCGACGGGAGAGCCCCGCGCUCUACAGCUCAAGCAGUUCGACAAGGGAGCUCAAGGAUACGUCCUGAACUGCGAGGGCAUCGAUGUCAUGGACGUUGAGCUGGACGACGUCGCUGACUCUGAUCUGGCGCAUGCUCUACCCGCGAAGCGAUUCUGCAGGGUCGAGCACACUCGGUGCAUCCCGCGUUUCAAGGGGAUAGUGAAGAUCAAUACGUUGCCUGCGUACCCAAUCGAGUAUCACAGCAAUGAGGGGGGUCUGAGGGCGGCACUCCUUGCUCGGGCGCGCAAGUGGAUCGACUUGUACGGAGUGCAGCAUGUGCGGUAUCAAGGAAUUGCUGUCUAUAAUCGCAAGAAAUACGAGAUUGAUUCCAGGAUGAUGAUCGACGGAGCUACGUUCAGACACCAUAAUCCGAACUACGACAUGCCUGAGGAAGUUGAUCAGACAGAGUUCAGAGUCAUUCAAGCAGAAGUAACCAUUCCGGACUCAGACAUCAGACGAGCAUACACCCUGACACGCGACCCGGACGCGGCGUCCGAUGCUGGGGAGACAACUAUCCCGCAGUAUUUCAGUUGGCAACUGCCAGACAACGAUCUCAUUCUCGCUUCACCCGUGCUGUACGGGUUCAGCCUUUCCGACAAGCUAUGGCUCGAGUUCAACGUCGAGAAAAUCCACCCCAUCGUAUGGUCCGAUGAGCCCUUCACGAACCUUGUACUCCCGGGCAAUCGCAGGGAGCUCCUGCGAUCCCUCAUAGAGGCGCACAACUCCAACAUCAAUUUCGACGACUUCGUACAAGGGAAGGGCCAGGGCCUCGUCAUCAAUCUCUUCGGUCCUCCGGGAGUUGGAAAGACUCUGUCUGCGGAGGCAACCAGCGAGCACCUAAAGAGACCGCUUUACAUGAUCGGGGGCGGGGACCUUGGUACCGACGCCAACGCUGUCGAUACUGCUCUCAAGCGCGUCUUCAGUAUAGCUACGCGCUGGGGGGCGAUUGUCCUCAUAGACGAGGCAGACGUAUUCCUAGAACAGCGCUCUAUGCAUGACUUGUUGCGUAAUGCCAUGGUCGCGGUCUUUUUGCGGCAUGUCGAAUAUUACCGCGGGAUCCUUUUCCUCACCACAAACAGGGUGACGGCGUUCGAUCCAGCCUUCCUCUCUCGUAUCCACGUUGCCCUGCAUUACCGGGAACUGAGCAAGGAAGCGAAACUCAAGAUUUGGCAGGCUUUCCUUCAUAAAGUCAAUGUGGACGGCCUCACCGCAGAGCAGCUAGCCGAUCUCGUCAGUCGAGAGGUCAAUGGGCGCCAGAUCAAGAACGCUACCAGGACGGCCACCUCGCUGGCCAGGAGCCGUGGAGAGACGCUGGGGUACAAUCAUCUCGCUGAAACCCUAGAUGCGAUGGAAGACUUCGAGAGGGAGUUCAAUGCCAUAUCCCGCGUUGGCCUGUGA